AUGGUCCCUCUGAAACAAGUGCGUGUUGAUGCAAAAAUUCGUUCGUUUGCUGCCGAUGUAAUAAUUACACAGGUAUUUCAAAAUGAUGAAUUUGUAUCGGUUGAAGCUGUUUAUUGUUUUCCUAUCGAAGAGAAUGCAGCUAUUUAUGGCUUCGUAGCUCGCAUAGAUGACGAACGUGAAAUUGUUGCUGAAAUCAAAGAGAAAAAAGCAGCACAACAAGAAUAUACACAAGCUCUAGCACAAGGUCAUGGCGCUUAUCUAUUAGAGCAAGAUGAAGCUUCAAAUAACAUAUUCCCUAUUAGUGUGGGAGCGUUAAAGCCUGGUAGUCAAUGUUAUAUUACAAUUAGUUAUGUGAGUGAACUCGAUUUGUUGCAUUCUAGCAAAAAGCCAACAAUUCGUUUUGUUGUUCCUACUAUAAUUGCUCCGCGUUACUCACCUUCACACAAAGAUAUUGCAUCUUCAGGUGAAACACAAGUUGCAUAUGCUGAGUCGGUUCCUUACACAAUCGAGUUCAUGUGUCAGGUGGAAAAACUAGAUCAACAUGUUGCUUGUAUUUCGCCUCCUUCACAUCCAAUCAAGAUCGAUUGCAGUAAUGAGGAGAUCUUUUUUGUCACACUUACUCAACAAGGAAUUGAACUUGAUCGAGACAUUAUUAUUGAUGUUGAAUUAUCCGACGUACGAAGAAAUACAAUCGCAGCCAUUGACAAUGGUGCUGUUAUGAUCUCAUUCAUACCAAGUGAACAGGAUUGUCGACAAGAGUCAAAUAAUGUGAUGGAUGAAUUUUUUUUCGUAAUUGAUUGUAGUGGUUCGAUGGCAGGUGAUGAUAAGAUUGGUCUAGCACGUAAAGCAAUGUUACUUUUUCUCAAGAGCCUGCCAAUCAAUUGUGGUUUCAAUAUUAUUCGUUUUGGAUCUAAAUUCUCAGCACUUUUUACUGAUCAGGUAACACGAGAGUAUAAUAAGGGAAAUAUGUGUGAAGCUGAAGCGAUGAUCAAGGAUAUGGGAGCUGAUUUUGGUGGCACAGAAUUACUCAUGCCACUACGCUGGUUGAAGGAAAAUAAACCAUCUGCAAGUUGUGUGAGACAAAUUUUUCUAUUGACGGAUGGAGAGGUUUCUAACGUUAGCGAAGUAACAAACCUCUGUCGUGAGAUGGCCGCAUAUACACGCAUUUUCUCUUUUGGUUUAGGUCAUUCACCAAGUCGUGCCCUUAUAAAAGAUUUAGCUCGUGCUACCAAUGGUUACUUUAAUUUCAUUGCUCCACAUACAAAUGUGGAUAUCUAUGUCGCUGAACAACUUGCUCGUGCGUUGCAGCCAAGUAUCGCAGAUGUGUACAUUAAAUGGAAUAUAAACCAACGUAUCCUUCAUAAAAUACCCGAACACGCUCCUCCCGUAUUUGUUGGAGAUCGAUUACUUUUCUAUGCUUUACUCGAUGAGACAAUGUCAUCUGAUCAUACAACAACAGUUGAAUUAUUUACUGGCAUGCAACAGAAACCGAUUGGUUUAGCUCGUAUAGAUCACGUGCCGUCAGUACUUGGCUCGCAAUUUGUUAUGCGUUUGUCAGCAAAAGCAUUACUUCGUGAACUUUCGAAUGAUCAAGAAACCAUAGACAAAGAACUUCUUAUUAAUAUUUCAAUCAAGUAUGGCAUUCUGUGUCCAUAUACUGCAUUUAUUGGUGUUGAAAGACGUUUGAAUACCAACAAUGAAAGUAAUAUCGAUAUGAAACUUCGCGAAGUGCCAAUUAUGAUACGUCAAUAG